AUGCUGGGACCUGCUGAUGCUGGCGUCACGGGUGGAGCUGCUGGAGGACCAAGACGAAUAUUCAUAAGAAAUGAUGUGAUGUUGGUCCGUACAAAGGAAAAGACUAACACCAGAAGCCGACAGCGUCUUCUUCUGCAAUCAUCAGACGAAGAAGAUUACGUAGAUUUCUCUGACUGCGAUGAGGAAGCAGAAAUAAUUGAAACUGCAGAUCAUUCCAGCGAAUCUGAGCAGUCAUGCGUUGACGGGAAUGAAGUGAAAGGAAUGCCACAUGAUGACUGCCAUUUUUAUAUUGGUAAGGACAAAGAAACUUUGCGGAUAAAUAAUCCGUUAGCACUACCAAGGGAACCAAAACGUAAGAAUGUAAUCAAAGUCCUACCUGGCCCGAAAUGCAAUGGUAGCGAAGCUAAAAGUGAAAUUGAAAGUUUUCUCAAAUUGUUUGAUCCUGAGAUAAUUGAUUAUGUCGUUGCAGACACAAACAAGUACACAAAUAAGAAGAAAUCGUCUGUGAAUUACUCAAGGGCUAGAGAUUGCAAAACUACUUCUGCUUCUGAAAUAACGGCUCUUUUAGGAGCACUGUUUCUCAUUGCUGUACAAAAAGGAGGACGCACAAAUGUAUUAAAACUGUGGGCAUCAAAUGGAACAGGAAUGAUUAUUCUAAGGGCAGCAUUUUGCUACAAACGCUUUCUGUUCUUGCUCCGGUCACUCAGGUUUGACGAUACUUCUACAAGAAAAGAACGACUAGCAACUGAUAAACUUGCUGCCAUCCGCGAUCUCCACUCAGCAUUUCUGAAAAACUGCAGAAAUAACUACAGUCCAGGGGAGUUCACAACCACAGACGAAAUGUUUGUCCCAUUUCGCAGACGUUGUGUUUUUGUUCAGUACAUGCCCAAUAAGCCCGCUAAUUAUGGAUUGAAGUUGUAUGCAUUGUGUGAUAGCAAGACAUUUUAUAUUUUUAAUUUUGAAGUGUACUGUGGCAGACAGAAUCCUGGACCAUAUGUUGCAUCUAACCAGCCAAUGGAUAUUGUGAAGAGAUUGGUUGAGCCAAUCAAGGGAACGCACAGGAAUGUAACUACGGACAACUACUACAGUAGUUACCCUGUAGCCCAGCAUCUUUUAGAAAAUGGGCUAACGUUCAUUGGAACAUUGAAAAAGAACAAGGAAAUUCCUCCGGAAUUUUUGCUCAACAGAUCGCGAGAAAUUGGAAAUUGUCUUUUCGGAUUUCAAGAUGACUGUUUCGUGCCAAACAAAAAGGAACAAGGCUGUGCUUUCCCUGUCGUCAAUGCAUGA